AAGCACACAUCAAAAUAUAAUUUGUCACUUGAACAUUAGUAAAUUUAAUUAAAUAGUAAAUUGUACAGUAGGUUGUAAAUUAAAAAUGGAUCCCGACUUUGACUUUGACUUUACCCAAAAGCCCGUUAGCACUGGCACCACCAUUAUGGCUGUGGAGUUUGACGGAGGAGUCGUGAUUGGAGCGGAUUCCCGCACCAGUUCCGGUGCCUAUGUGACCAAUAGAGUCACUGACAAGCUCACCCGCAUCACAGAUAAAAUCUAUUGCUGCCGCAGUGGCUCCGCUGCUGACACUCAGGGCAUCGCCGACAUCGUGGCCUACUCACUGAACUACCAUGAGAACCGGACUGACAAGGAGGCUCUUGUCCUGGAGGCAGCCUCUGAGUUCCGCAACUUUUGUUACAACUAUCGCGAUUCCCUGCUCGCCGGCAUCAUCGUGGCCGGGUGGGAUGAGCAAAACGGCGGUCAGGUGUACAGCGUUCCGCUGGGCGGUAUGAUGACCCGCGAUCCUUGCACGAUCGGAGGCUCUGGAUCGAGCUUUAUCUACGGCUAUGUGAAAGAGCACCAUAAACCCAACAUGGAGCAGGAGGACUGUGUAGAGUUUGUCAAGAAGGCUGUCCAGCACGCCAUUUACCGAGAUGGAAGUUCCGGCGGAGUGGUGCGCAUCGGCAUCAUCAACAAAGAUGGUUUCGAGCGCCGUUUGUUCUACAACACAGAAAGUGGCGCCUCCCAAAUCUCAGGCAAUCAAAGUUUCAUCUUGGAACAAGUAAUGGAUGCAGCCAAUUAAAAUCUCAUUUGAUUAAGAAUAUGUAAUCGGAGAAAUAAUUUAGUAAAUGUGUCUAACUUUUUGAAUAAACCGCCAUAUUACUGAA